UAAAUUAUUAUAGCCGUCAAACUAUUCUCUUUUUUAUUAUUACAAUUUUGUAUUAUUUUUUUUAUUUUCAUAAGUGUUAUAUUUUAAUUUGAAACAUUCUGCUUAUGUUACCCUAAUACGUCAUGUAAACUCGUUCAACAAGCAAAACUAACGCGUAAUGGCAUAAGUUCAUUAUAUUAAUCGAAAUUUGCAAAUACUUAACAGCUAAUUAUAUUAACAUACAUUAUAUAUUUAUAUUACAUCUUAUCUAGAACGUAAAUAGAAACUUUGGUCUAUUCAUUAUAUAACAUCCAAAAGACAAUAAAUCUAAUUAAUUCGCUUAAGCAAUGUGCAACAAAAAUUGUUGUAAUCAUACACAUCACGCAUUAAUAUUCCUAUUCAUCCUUUGUCUCCUACUCUUGCUUAACGCCCAAAAUCUCAACCUUUUCCACCCCAAAUCAACGGAUUCGACUAAGUCUUCAUUGUCCACCACGGCCGGUGAUGGCGGCGAUGGCGGUCCAUGCACGUCCGCCACCACCAAGAUGGCCAUGGCUUUUCUAUCCGGUGCCUUAUUUGCUCUAUUUCUCAUGAUAGUCUCGAACAAUAUGGGGUUAUCCUCUCCUAAACAUAAUGAGGAUCAUUUUCAUGCGAGAGGGGCCCACUCUGGUGCUGGCCCCUCUCGCAUGUCAUACAUGGAAUCUAUUGAUGAGAUUGAUGAUGAGGUGGUUGAAGGAGGUGGAGUUGGGAUCGGAUACAACUUGCUUAGGACGUUCCCGACGUUCGCCUACUCGGUGAGGCGGCCGCCGAAGAUGGGCAAGGGAUCACCCCUUUGUGUGAUUUGUCAAUAUAAGUUUAGAGAUGGAGAGUUGGUAAGAUGUUUGCCUGAAUGUGAUCACAUAUUUCAUCUUUCUUGUAUUGAUAAGUGGUUGACUUCUCAUAAAACUUGCCCUUCUUGUCGUGAUGAUCUUGACAUUAUAGCUAAUCAUGGAUCAACUUCAAAUGGUAUAACUUCUUCAAUUGAUUAUUAUGAUUAUUUCAAUCAAUAUAAUUUUUAUCUAGGGUAGUAUGUAUCAGUUUUCGAUUUUUGGUAUCAUUGCAUGUGUACUUUGUAAAUACAUGUAUUUGUUUUAGAAUGAUAAGACUUGACUUUAAAAAUUGUUUGAUCCAAUCAAACUUCUGUGGGCUAAUUUUCUACGAGAAUGACAAGAUUUGAAUUUGUGACCUCAAAUUCAUCACAAGGUAGGAUUCUAACCACCUACACCAAAUUUAGUAUUUUAUGCUACAACUUUGUAUAAAGUUAAAGAUUUGCUUACAUUAUAGUAUCAUGUAAUUAGCCUUAAUUAUUGAACGUUGAAUGUAUAAAGCAUGGAUAAUAAUGAUCCCGAGUAUUUUUUUUAGAAGGGUCAUAGUUAGUGAUAUUUUGUAGUAAGGUUGUGCAAGAGUGGAGGUUAAAAUAUGUACAUAUGGUAACAUUACUGGAGAAAAAUUAGUUUUUAUUAUUGACUCUUGUUCAAACUGAAUAUUUACCCUUUAUUUAUGGAGUUAAACGUCGUUAAUUAUGUACUUGAGUUGACUUGACUUUUCGCUAUUAC